AUGCGCGAGAUCGUGCACAUCCAGGUUGGCCAGUGUGGCAAUCAGAUCGGCGCCAAGUUUUGGGAGGUCAUCAGUGAUGAGCAUGGGAUCGACCACACUGGCAGUUACUAUGGAGACAGUGACUUACAGCUGGAGAGAAUCAAUGUGUACUACAAUGAAGCUGUUAGUAACAAGUACAUACCUCGGGCUAUCUUGGUGGAUCUGGAGCAGGGCCCAAUAGACUCAGUUAGGUCUGGACCAUUUGGCCAGAUUUUCAGGCCAGACAACUUUGUGUUUGGCCAGAGUGGGGCCGGGAACAUCUGGGCAAAGGGCUACUACACAGAGGGAGCUGAACUGGCAGACUCAGUCAUGGACUUGGUGAGGAAGGAGUCAGAGAGCUGUGACUGUCUACAGGGCUUCCAGCUGACCCACUCGCUGGGCGGUGGCACUGGGUCAGGGAUGGGCACGCUGCUUAUCGGCAAGAUCCGGCAGGAGUACCCAGACCGCAUCAUGAACACCUUCAGCGUGAUGCCCUCGCCUAAGGUGUCCAACAUAGUGGUCGAGCCCUACAACGCCACCCUCUCCAUCCACCAGCUGCUGGAACACACAGAUGAAACCUUCUCCAUCGACAAUGAGGCCCUGUAUGACAUCUGCUUUCGCACCCUGAAACUGACCGACCCCACAUACGGAGACCUUAACCACCUUGUGUCGGCCACCAUGAGUGGGGUCACCACCUGCCUGCGCUUCCCGGGCCAGCUGAAUGCAGACCUGCGCAAGCUGGCAGUGAACAUGGUGCCCUUCCCACGCCUGCACUUCUUCAUGCCUGGCUUUGCCCCCCUGACCAGCUGGGACAGCCAGCAUUACCGGGCCCUGACAGUAGCCGAGCUCACCCAGCAGAUAUUCGACACCAAGAACAUGAUGGCUGCUUGUGACCCCCGCCACGGCCGCUACCUGACAGUGGCUGCUAUCUUCCGUGGCCACAUGUCCAUGAAUGAAGUAGAUGAGCAGAUGCUCAAGAUGCAGAACAAGAACAGCAGCAACUUCGUGGAGUGGAUCCCCAACAACGUGAAGACGGCCGUGUGCAACAUCCCACCUCGAGGCCUCAAGAUGUCGGCUACCUUCAUCGGCAACAGCACGGCCAUCCAGGAGCCGUUCAAGCGCAUCUCAGAGCAGUUCACCAUCAUGUUCCGGCGCAAGACCUUCCUGCACUGGUACAUAGGGGAGGGCAUGGACGAGACGGAGUUUGCCGAGGCUGAGAGCAACAUGAAUGACCUGGUGUGUGAGUACCAGCAGUGCCAGGAUGCCCCGACCUACACACAGGAGGAGGAGGAGGAGGAGGAAGAGGAGGAGGAGAUAGUGGUAGAGGAGGAAAAGGGUGAGGAUGGCACUUAA